GCCAUGCGGUUCCUACUACUCCUCCUACCCGCAUUGGUGCACGCGCGUCUCUCCAUCAACGUCGACGUAGCAACUCGGGAGAGUGACGUCAACGUCAUCUUGCUGGGUGAAGAUGACCGCGUCAUAGAUGAUGAUGAGACUAGGGAGUUCAGGCUGACUGACUCGCCGCUUAAAAACGCUUGCUCUAGGUAUUACGGGCCAUGGCCUACGGACGCCUACCUGCACUCCCCGACACCAUGGGGCGACCUUUACCAGACUUAUGGCUGGACGCAGGUCCACAGGAAGCUCAAGCCUGUGAAAGCGUCUAUCCUUGGUAUCCAUAGCGAACCAGCGAUCAUAGCGACCCGGCGCUUCACGAACAACGCCACCAAAACUGCCCAGUACAAAGCCGAGUUGAGCCAAUCAGUUUCCAAUACUAUUAGUAACAGCUGGAAUCUUCAGCACACCAUCCAUGUCGGUCAGGAAAUCUCGGCGGAAUUCGUCAUUCCUAUUGGCAAGAUCGGUGGAAAAACUACACUAUCGUACGACCACCAAUGGGGCAAGAGCGGCGGCACCUCUAACACAGUAACUGUCGCGGCGAGUUCGGGUGUCACAAUCCCAGUUGAGCCUGGCGACACAGUCGAAGCUAUCAUGACAGCAUCCCAAGGCACAAUGGAGAUAGAAGUCGUAUACGAAGCUUCAUUACACGGUGACGUCGCUUUGAACUACGAUGGGGGCUGGAACGGACAUUAUUUCUGGAAAUACGAUGUCAAUGCUGUCAUGGCGGCGGGCGGUCUUCUCCGCACGUUGCAAGUUACGGAGAUACUUAAAGUCGGUUUUUACACUGAUGUGGAGAUUGUGUUGUAUGAGAAGAGUGGUAACAAACGUGUGCUUAUGGCGGAUAUAACGUUUUAAUUUAUGAUUGUGUGCAGCGGUUUAAU